CCUCGAAUAACCGCGAGCGAUCCUACUGGACACAUCUAUCUAGCUCUACAACUCUAGAAAUGUCUCAUCCAAACACCGCCAACGCCCAACAGCCCACCCGACUUAUCAGCCACUUUCUCAAACGACCCGUACAAGAUUACGGACCCGGCUGGUCCGCCCUCUGGGACUCCAAUAACAGCGACCUAUGGGACCGAGGCAAACCCUCACCCGCAUUGAUUGAUCUCAUCGAGCAGCAGCCGCUAGCGUUUUCUCCAUUUACGGCAGAUGGAAGGCGCAAGAAGGCCCUUGUACCGGGCUGCGGAAGAGGCUACGACGUGAUCAUGCUCGCCCUGCACGGCUUCGACGCGUACGGCCUCGAAAUAUCUGCAACGGCCGUCGCGGAGGCGAGAAAGUAUGCCGCUGUCGAGAUGAGCUGCCCUCAGGAAUACAACUUCGGCCACGCACAAUCUCAAACACGAGACGUGGGGAGUGCUAUUUUUGCCGUAGGCGACUUUUUCGAGUCUGAGUGGGAGGGUCAGGGGAUCUUGGACGCUAGGGUUAAGUAUGACCUUGUCUACGAUUAUACGUUUCUUUGCGCCCUUCACCCGCAAAUGCGGGCGCAAUGGGCGGCCCGUAUGGCACAGCUAGUCCUACCGCAAGGCGUCCUUGUAUGCCACGAGUUCCCUAUGUACAAGGAUCCGUUGCAGGACGGGCCCCCGUGGGGUGUGAACGGUGUGCACUGGGACCUGCUCGCGCGCGGGGGAGACGGAAUGGCGGGGAUCUCGCAACCGCCUGAGGCAACCACGGACGGACUGUGUGGGGCUUUCCAGCGGGUGCAAUAUUUCAUGCCGAAGCGGUCGUAUGAGAGUGGGAAGGGAACGGACAUGAUGAGCGUGUAUGAGCGGAAGUAAACUCUAGAACAUAUACCGUUCUAUGCUGUUGGUGAUCUUAUCGGAUCAAAGCAUCCAGCGAUCAAUAUGAGACUUGUCCUUGCUCAGUAUCCAUAUUACGUGAGACAUGAGGAAUCUCG